AUGGCGCCUGUGAAAAAGCUUGUGGCGAAGGGGGGCAAAAAAAAGAGGCAAGUUCUGAAGUUUACCCUUGACUGCACCCACCUUGUAGAAGAUGGAAUCAUGGAUGCUGCCAAUUUUGAGCGGUUUCUUCAAGAGAGAAUCAAAGUGAAUGGAAAAACUGGGAAUCUCAGUGGAGGGGUUGUAACAAUUGAAAGGAGCAAAAGCAAGAUCACUGUAACUUCUGAGGUGCAUUUUUCCAAAAGGUAUUUGAAAUAUCACACCAAAAAAUAUUUGAAGAAUAAUCUCCGUGACUGGUUGAGUGUAGUUGCUAGCAGCAAAGAGAGUUAG